UCCUUUAGUCACCAACCCUUAGGACCGCGCAAUUUUUUGUUAAAAACUUUCCCCGUUUCAUAUUUCACGUUAUUAAAACUUUUUUGAAAUAUGACUUCUGAAGUACAGAAUCAUAUUGAAAUUUCUGAACCUGACCUCAGCUCUCAAAUUUAUAAAGCAACUUAUUCAGGAGUUCCAGUUUGGGAGUUUCGUGUUAAAAAUGUAGCCGUUAUGCGACGUAAAACUGAUUCAUGGCUCAACGCUACUCAAAUUUUAAAAGUUGCGGAUUUUGAUAAGCCUCAUCGAACUAGGAUUUUGGAACGUGAAGUACAGAAAGGGGAACACGAAAAAGUUCAGGGAGGAUAUGGAAAAUAUCAAGGUACUUGGGUUCCAUAUGAGACAGGUGUGGAUUUAGCGGAAAGAUAUCAUGUUAAAGAACUUUUGCAGCCUAUAAUUGAAUUUCAACCAACUUCAGAAAGUCCACCUCUUGCACCCAAACACAUAACUGCCGCGUCCAAUAAACCGCGUAAACCACGUGAACCUAAAGAGCCUAAACCAAUUAAACCUAGACCGCCUAAAAAGACAAAAAAAGUCGAGCCAAUAGAAGAUGUCAUGGAAGUUGAUUCUGAUCAUGAAACAAAUGAAAUAGUCAGUGUUGAAUCUAAUACCAACGUGACUGUUUCCCCAAUAUCCUCUUUAACAACUACUCCCGCUCCAGUAGAUUCUUCAAAUGAUUUAACAGAAUCGGAUGAUGCCAUUCCCGUUCAAAAAACAAAGCGAAAGCGUAAACAACCUGAACCUGCUACCGCGUCAAAUAAUAAUACUAAUGCGCCUAAUCGUCCAUCUAAAAUAGCUAAGAAUGUCACGACUGCCCCAGUUCAACAAUAUCAACAAUAUGAAAUGCUUUUAUGGUCAUAUUUUACAACGAAUGGGACUUCAAUACCGGAUUUUAUUCUCAAUCCUCCUUCAGAUUUUGAUCCAAACAUAGUAAUUGAUCAACAAGGACAUACAGCACUUCAUUGGGCUGCUGCGAUGGCAAAUCUUGAAAUGACUCAUCUUUUAAGCAAAGCUGGUUCAGAUCUCGAUCGUGGCAACAUUCAUGGGGAAACUGCUCUGAUGAGGAGUGUUAUGUUUCCAUACAAUUUUGAUAACAAGUGUUUUAGUGAUAUGGUACAAAUUUUGCAUACGACGAUACCAAAUCUAGACAUAAAUGAUCAGACUGUAUUACACCAUGUUGCAAUAUUUGCUUCCUCAAAAGGACGUAUAGCUCCUUCUAAAUAUUAUAUGGAGAUUUUGCUUUCAAAUUUAGCUUUACAUCCUAAUGAAGAAUAUCGUAAAGCCAUAAUUAAUAAGCAAAAUCAUGAAGGAGACACCGCUCUAAAUAUUUCUGCAAAAUUUGCUAAUAAAAAAUUAGUUCGAUUUCUCAUGGAUGCUGGAGCAGAUCCUCAAAUUCGGAACGCGAUAGGUAAAAAUGCUGAAGAUUAUAUAGUAGAGUUGGAUCAUGAAGCCAAAUCUCGAGCAGCGGCCGCAGCCGCUGAACAUCAUCAUCAGGUUCAAUUACAUAAUAUUCCGCCAGUAAGUAGCAUAGAAAGCCAAGAACCUCCUGUCACAACAAUAACAGCUGGAGAAACGCCAGUUACAUCAUCAACGGGUGUUCAAAUUUCGCAAAACUUUAUUCCAAGUAUUACUUCGAUUUUGCAGGAGUUUGAAAAUUCAUAUCAAUUACAAAUACAAGAAAAGGAACGAGAAUUAUCGGCUUCUCGCGCACGAUUAGAUAAUGUCAAUAACGAUCUAAACAAAACUAGAAGUGUUAUUGACGCGUUGAAAGACAAAUACCGCGUUCUCCCUGCACGGAAAGAACGAAUAAAUGAUUUAUUCGGCAUGGUGAAAGAUAAUGUGGAAAAGCGAAGGCAGCACCGACUUGACGCUACUAUUUUAGAAGAGAUGAAGAAUGUUGCGCCUUUUCAAGGUGGCAAUGCCGAAAAAUUAGCGGAGCUCAGGCAUCAACUAGAAGAACUUAAAUCUGGUAGACGACAUUUGAUAGGAGAAUUAGUUAAGGUUAAGACUAUGGCUCCUGAUCGAAAUAUGACCCCAUAUAAGAGGGUUAUUGGCUUGUUUAGUGGAGACUCUGGAACGUCUUCUGCUCCUCCUCAGAUGGAAAUGUCUAUCUGAUGGUUUGGAAUUUUUUUUUUUAAAAAAAAGAAAAGAAAAAAAAAAAAAUUAAAAUUAAAAUUAAAACAUUACUAAAAAAAUAUAGAUAUCAACGUGCAUAUGCAAAUAAUAAUAAUAAAAGGAGUGAUUUGGGAAAAGUGUUUGUGCACGUAAAAAUUCUUUCAUUUUAUGUUAUGUAAAUAUAAUGAACAUUCUUCAGGAAGAUUAAUAAAUAUUAUAUUAUUUAAAUUCACGGUAUUUUUAAUUUUUUAAUUAAUUAUAUUAUAUUGUCUUAAUUGUUAUUUAACGCGUCCUAUAUGAAAUGAUAUCAUUAGUUUGAUAUCAUUUUAUAUUCUUCUACGCUUUAACGCGUCUAGUUUUGUUUUAAAUUUUCUAAUCUCAUUAUUUAAAUUGUCUAAUCUCGCAUCAUU